GGAGAGAAAAUGCCUGAACCCGCCAAGUCCGCGCCCAAGAAGGGCUCCAAGAAAGCCGUGACCAAGACCGCCGGCAAGGGCGGCAAGAAGAAGAGAAAGACCAGGAAGGAGAGCUACGCCAUCUACGUGUACAAGGUACUGAAGCAGGUCCACCCCGACACCGGCAUCUCCUCCAAGGCCAUGAGCAUCAUGAACUCGUUUGUCAACGACAUAUUCGAGCGCAUCGCUGCCGAGGCAUCUCGCCUGGCCCACUACAACAAACGCUCCACCAUCACCUCCAGGGAGAUCCAGACCGCAGUGCGCCUGCUCCUCCCCGGUGAGCUGGCCAAGCACGCCGUGUCUGAGGGCACCAAGGCCGUCACCAAGUACACGAGCUCCAAAUAAAAAGAUUGGCUAACAAACGUCAACACAACGGCUCUUUUCAGAGCCACACACUAAACUAACGAGCACACUUCCUACUGUUCAACAGAGUUACUAUGUUGCUAACUACUUGAAUCGCGGAUGUGGAGCUUUGUGUCGCUGGGUGGUAUUAAUCCGCUGCACUGACCGAGACGACUGAAAUGUGUUCCUGCGCUUCAGAUUGUGGAAAGACAAACUGACUACAAACGCAGAAUUAAUGCGACUUUGUAUUCGACACUUGUGUUACAGCUCCAAGCGUACUUUUUCUAUUGUUCCUGAUAUGCAAAAU